UAUAAACUUUUUCCUUGUUAAAUAUGCAAAUCUCCAUUUUGGAGGGAGGACUUACAAAACCUUACCAUUAAAAUAUUUUUCAAUGUCCGUGGGAGUCAUCGUAUUCACAGUAACUUACAGUGUACACGGUCCAUGGCGCGAUAAAACCAAACCACAUCAGUCACAUUUCUAGGGUUUCAACUGCUACUGCUUGUACCAGGUUGGAUAUUUGAAAACAGUGAGCAGUGUUUUCUUUGCGCUGGGAAAAUGGCCGUGGAGGAAGAUGAGGAACAAGAAUUUGUGCCUGAGAAGAAGAAAAUUUCUAAAGAGGAAGAAAGAAGGAAAAAAAAUAUGCCUCUUGGUGGUCUCAUGAAAGCUAUUAUAAGACCAGGUGGGGGUUUAGAGAGACCAAAAGAUGGUGAUCAGGUUAUUUUUCAUUGCACUACAAGGACAUUGAAUGGAGUUAUUGUGGAUUCCACAAGAUUGGAACUUGGAGGAAAGGGUAGACCGAUAAAAUUGGUGUUGGGCAAGAGCAAAAUGAUACUUGGAUGGUCUGAAGGAAUUCCUACCAUUCUAAAGGGAGAAGUGGCUAUGUUGAAGGUGAAACCAGAGCUACACUAUGGAGAGGCCGAUUGUCCAGUUGUUGUUGCUGAGAACUUUCCUAAACAUGAAGAACUUCAUUUUGAGAUUGAGCUUAUAGAUUUUUUCAAAGUCAAGGUUGUCAGCAAGGAUUUGGGAGUUAUUAAGAGGAUAUUAGUAGAAGGACAAGGCUGGGAAUCACCAAGGGAUCCAUAUGAAAUAAAAUCAUGGAUUACGGCAAGGGCCUUUGAUGGUGAAAUUCUUCUGUCCCACGUGCAAGGAGAACCGUUUCAUUUUACUUUUGGAAAGAAUGAGGUACCUAAAGGAUUAGAGCUAGGAAUGGGGACAAUGACACGAGGAGAGAAGGCGGUGAUAUAUGUCACCAAUCCUUAUUUAACUGAUUCUUCUUUACUUCCAAAAGUACAAGGUCAUGAAGAGGUCCAGUUUGAAGUAGAAAUGGUCCAAAUUAUUCAGGUCCGAGACAUGCUUGGUGAUGGUCGCCUCAUAAAGCGUCGCAUUCGAGAUGGAAAAGGUGAAUUCCCGAUGGAUUGUCCCCUUCAUGAUAGCCUAUUACGUGUACAUUAUAGGGGCAUGCUUCUUGAUGAAGAGAGGACAAUAUUCUACGAUACAAGAGUCAAAAAUGAUGGCCAGCCUUUGGAGUUCAGCUCAGGAGAAGGCCUUGUACCUGAAGGAUUUGAAAUGUGUGUUCGACUUAUGCUGUCUGGAGAACUAGCAGUUGUAACAUGCCCACCAGAUUUUGCAUAUGAUAAGUUUCCAAGACCUGAUAAUGUUCCAGAAGGUGCUCAUGUUCAGUGGGAAAUUGAGCUGCUUGAUUUUGAGAAACCAAAGGACUGGACAGGUUUAAGCUUCAAUGAGAUCAUGGAUGAUGCAGAAAAGAUUAAGGUUACGGGGAACAGGCUUUUUAAAGAAGGAAAAUAUGAACUUGCAAAGGCCAAGUAUGAGAAGGUACUUCGGGAAUUUAAUCAUGUUAACCCACAAGAUGAUGAGGAAGGGAAAAUUUUCGUAAGCACAAGAAACUCACUCCAUCUAAAUGUGGCGGCAUGCCUUCAGAAAAUGGGAGAAUACAGGAAAUCUAUCGAAACAUGUAACAAGGUAUUGGAUGUUAGUCCUGCGCAUGUGAAAGCUCUCUAUCGCCGUGGCAUUGCAUACACAUCAGUUGGAGAUUUUGAUGAAGCACGGGAUGACUUUAACACGAUGAUAAAAGUCGACAAAUCCUCAGAAGCUGAUGCAACUGCUGCACUGCAAAAACUAAAGUUAAAGGAACAGGAAGUCCAAAUUAAGUCCCGGAAACAAUUCAAGGGCCUCUUUGAUAAGAAGCCAGGAGAAAUCUCAGAUGUUGGAGGUGAAACAAAAGACGAAAUCCAAAAAGAGGAAAUCCACGAAGAAGAAACUGAAAAUCCAGAUAAGCAAGAAAGCCUUCAAGAUGAGGGGGAGUCAGAAGAAGAUAGAAGAGAACCCAACCGUCCUCGUCUUGGGUUUUUUGCUCGGUACUGGCCUUUGAGAACCAGGACGCUCAGCUCUCUAAGACUGGGAAAAUGUUCUAUCCUUUAGAUUGAGAUAUUGUAUCUUGAAAUGUAUUAUUUUCAAGGUUAAACCACAUAUUGGCAUGCAUUUUUGUUUAAGGUAACUGGUGACCUAAACGUGUCUCAUUCAUGAAGCCAUAACCUUUGCAUGUGUAACAGUACCAACUUUUGCAUUUGUCCACUUAAUAUUUUGGACAAAGUUUUUAGGGUAAAGAUGAGGCCAUCUGCAAUUGGGAAAAGGCUAUGAUGAUGAUGAAGAAACCAUCUGCAUGUGGAAGUUCACCUUUGAUAUGAACUGCCUUAAGGCGUCUGUGCCUGCACCUUGUUUUGAGUGCAAGUUCUUGCAAAGUUACAUUAUGGUGAUGUUUAUCUGUUUUUAUGUUUUUUUUUUCUCUUUUCCUUUGUUUGGAAGUGUAAUGAAAGUGUCACUAUUUUAUGGCUGUAGCUUGGGCAGGGCUGUGGCUCUAUUACAUUGGGUAUAUUGUGCUUCACAACCCCAUUGGAAAUUGCAGUUCCAGCGAAACCCUAUUGAUGGUUUGUAAUUUUAUUUUUUCGAGGUCAAGAUGAUCGGUUUGCAGGUUU